GAGGGUGGACUCUCAGUGUGAGCAGUAUGUCUGCUGCUGGGACUCUGCAGGAGUUUGUGUCCUCCGCUGCGUCUCUGCACGCAGACCGAGCAGCUGUGACGUUUGACAGCGGCGCAGAGACACACAGCCCGGUGUCCCUGCUGUACAGAGACCUGGUCCAACUGUCCACUGAGCUGUCUCAUAUUAUACGGACAAACUGCUCUCCUAAUAACGGCCUGAUCGGGCUGUACUGCUGCGAUGAUUUGUUCAUACCUGUGUGGAUCCUGGGGAUCCUGCAGUCCUCUGCUGCAUAUGUCCCUCUGGACCCUGAAGCUCCAGGUCUCCUCUCUGCCAGAGUCAUGAACCAGUGUGGCCUCAAGUACUGUGCUGUGAAGACUGACACCCUGCAGCGAUUCCAGGCAGCUCUCGUCAAACACGUAUCAGUGGAGGUGUGUGUGGUGUUGCCCAAGUUCAAACUAACGCUGAUAAAAAUCCAGCUGCUGCCCGUCGCUGAGCACCAGCGAGCACCAGAGCAGACCGGAGCUCAGACAGCAGAUGGUGCUGGUCUCCGCUCUGAUGCAGCUGAGGGGUUAAAGGAUGCUGGGCAUAAAGACUUGGCGUAUGUGCUGCACACAUCUGGAACAACCGGCCUCCCGAAGAUCGUGAGGGUGCCGCACAAGUGUAUAAUCCCCAACAUACUGCAUCUGAGAUCUUUGUUUCAGAUGCGUGCAGACGAUGUGGUUUUCCUCGCCUCGCCUUUAACGUUUGACCCCUCUGUGGUGGAUAUUUUCCUGGCGUUAUCAUCCGGGGCUCAGCUCCUCAUCGUCCCCGCUGUGAUCAAGAAAAUUCCCAGUCGACUCUCUCGACUGCUGUUCGAGGAUCACAAGACGACUGUCCUGCAGGUCACACCGACACUGCUCAGCCGCUUCAGACACCGUACUCUAAAAGAGGAAGUGUUGUCGCGUGGCUCUUCGUUGCGGUUGUUGGCUCUGGGGGGAGAGGCCUGCCCCUCGCCGGCUCUGCUGAGGAGCUGGAAGCAUGAGGACAACAAAACCCAAAUCUACAAUAUUUACGGUAUUACUGAGGUGUCCUGCUGGGCCUGUUCAUACAGAAUACCAGAGUCUCUGCUGCAGCUCAGCAGCCCCACACCGUCCCCUGUGCCUCUUGGGACUCCUCUGAUGGACACAGUGGUGGAAGUAAGAGAUGAACAUGGCCGCAUUGUUACAGAGGGCGAAGGUCAGGUGUUCAUAGGUGGAAAGGACAGAGUGUGUCUCCUGGAUGAUGAGGACAGUGUCAUCCCUGGGACAAUGAGAGCUACUGGAGACUGGGUGAACGUUAAAGACACACAGCUGUACUACCUGGGACGCAGAGACAGGCUGAUUAAAUGCCACGGAAAACGAGUCAACUUGGACAGCUUACAGCAACUCAUUCAGAGUCUGCCUCAGGUGCAGGCCUGUGCUGUGGGUCUGUAUGAAACCUCACGACUGCUCGCCUUUGUCGUGGUGCCCACAUCUGGAGACCACAAAGCAGCUUCGCCUCUCACAUCUGCGAAGCAGCAUGUGAAACAAACAGCCUCUGCCGGCCAUCGUGAAAACCCGCCCUCUGCUGUGCAGCACCGCCAGGAGGAGACGGGCGGCACAGAUGGAGAUCUGAGCAGACUCAUCCUGAACCAGCUGUCUCUACUGCUGCCUUCUUACAGCGUUCCCGACACGCUGCUGCUGGUCCCGGCCUUGUGUCUGACUCCUCAUGGAAAAGUAGACAUGGAGGCACUUAUGAAAAUAUACCAAAGACAGAGACAGCGUUUAGAGUCUUCACAGGGAGAUUUCACUAAACUGAAGCAAACUCUGCAGACCAUGUGGCAGAAAACUCUCGGUCUUCCUGAAGAUGUGUCCAGCGAGGAAUCCAACUUCCUGUUGAGUGGAGGAGAUUCUCUGAAGGCUCUACACCUGUGUGAAGACGUCCUCACUGCUGUUGGAGCGACCUCACAGGAGCUUCUGGAGGUCAUACUUGACGGGACCUUCUCCGAGGUUUUGCGCCAUGUUGUGAGCGUCACACUGACUCUGCCACUUGAGAACAGCCAGUCUGAGGCCAAAAAAAGGCACACUGACACUCCCUCUGUGGUGGCAGCAAAGAGAGAACGCACAGCAGCAGAGAGGCUGCAGGGGGAGAAAUGCACCUUCAAAGUUAUAAGACGAGCAGGUGAGGUGAUAGAAAUCAGAAAUCCAAACACAAAUGGAAACUUCAAGGAUGAUGCACUCGGUGAAAAGGACUCCAGUAAGAAGCUGGGAGGUGACGACCUGAGCCUCAGUCUGAGCUGGUCCUCAGAUACAGGCAGAUGUGUGGACGCCUCACCAGUGAUUCUAGUAAAACACAGAACAGAUCUGAGGUCAGAUGAGGGUGAAACAACAGUGUUCAUCGGCUCCCACUCUCACAGGAUCCAGGCUUUAAACCACACAGGGAGCCUUCUGUGGGAGCGAGUCCUCGGGGACAGAAUUGAAGCCUCGGCUGCAGUGUCUCGCUGCGGGAGCCUCGUGAUCAUAGGUUGCUACAACGGCUGUGUGUAUUUCCUGUGUGCCACAUCUGGAGAGACACGGUGGAUGUUUGAGACAGGAGACGCUGUGAAGAGCUGUCCUGCUGUGGAUCCCCUCACAGGUCUGGUGAUAGUGGGCUCACAUGAUGGACACGUUUACGCCCUGGACCCAAAGGUUAAGCAGUGUGUAUGGAGGCGUCACUGUGGGGGUGGAGCUGUGUUUUCCUCCCCAUACCUCCACAACUCACUCAGACGGCUGUACGCUGCAUCACUUGGAGGUCACCUACUCUGUCUUAACCCUGACAGCGGAGAGGUCCUGUGGUCGUACCGUAGAGAGACCCCGCUCUUCUCAUCACCAAACGCCUCCUCUGGUCAGGUGGUGAUCGGCUCAGUGGACGGAAACAUCUACUGCUUCAGCAACACAGGGACACUGGUCUGGAAGUUUUUAACAAAAGGACCCGUCUUCUCCUCUCCAUGCGUCACACCAGACCAGCAGAGGGUUCUGUGUGGAUCACAUGACGGCUGCCUGUACUGCUUGAACUGCACCGACGGCUCUUUGGUUUGGAUUUUCCAGACCACAGGAAAGGUGUACUGCACUCCGUGUGUGUUUGACAGCUCUGUCGUGGGCAGGAAGGGGAUUCUGGUGGCUGUUGCCUCCACAGACGGGACUUUGUGGAUAUUAGAUGGAGAAGACGGGCGAAGGCUGGCCUCGUUCUCUCUACCUGGGGAGUUGUUUUCAUCCCCAGUGGUGUAUGGACACUUUCUUGUUGUCGGGUGCCGCAACGACUAUGUGUAUUGUUUAAAUCUGACUGUCUAAGAGGAAGCAGUAGAAUGA